AUGCAGGCAUCCAAUAUAAUAGUUGGAUCUCAAGUUUGGGUGGAGGAUCCUGAGGUAGCUUGGAUUGAUGGUGAUGUUUUGGAAAUAAAAGGUGCAAACAUUAAAAUAAAGUGUUCAUCAGGAAGAGAAGUUGUCACUAAUGCAUCCCAUGUGUAUCCUAAAGAUCCUGAGGCUCCUCCAUGCGGAGUGGAUGAUAUGACAAAGCUUGCUUAUCUCCAUGAGCCAGGGGUUCUAGAGAAUCUAAGAAAUCGAUACAGUAUGGAUGAGAUUUAUACUUACACAGGAAGUAUUUUGAUAGCUGUAAACCCUUUCAAACGAAUACCUCGUUUAUAUGACAAACACAUGAUGGAACAAUACAAAGGGGCAGCUCUUGGGGAACUGAGUCCACAUCCUUAUGCAAUUGCUGAUGCUGCAUACAGGCAGAUGGUUAAUGAGGGAAUCAGCCAGUCAAUUCUCGUCAGUGGAGAGAGCGGAGCAGGUAAAACAGAAAGCACAAAAAGUCUUAUGCAGUAUCUUGCCUAUAUGGGAGGUCGGCGUGGAGUUCAGGGACAAAGGAGUGUGGAACAGCAAGUCCUAGAAUCAAAUCCAGUUCUAGAAGCAUUUGGGAAUGCCAAAACCGUCAGAAACAAUAAUUCAAGUCGUUUUGGUAAGUUUGUUGAGAUCCAAUUUAAUGAAAUGGGGAGGAUCUCUGGAGCCGCUAUAAGAACAUAUUUGCUGGAGCAGUCACGUGUUUGUCAAGUUUCGGAUCCUGAGAGAAAUUAUCAUUGUUUUUACAUGCUCUGUGCUGCACCUCCCAAGGUGUGUGAAAAGUAUAAGUUGGGAAAGCCUAAGACAUUUCAUUACCUUAAUCAAACAAACUGUUAUGAACUGAGUGGAGUGAAUGAGUCAGAAGAGUACCUUGCAACAAGAAAGGCUAUGGAUGUUGUUGGGAUCUCUUCUGAUGACCAGGAGUCUAUAUUCCGUGUUGUGGCUGCAAUUCUUCACCUAGGAAACACUGAGUUCGUUAAGGACAAAGAACCAGAUUCAUCUAAACCUAAGGAUGAUCAAUCUAGGUUUCAUCUAAAAGCUGCAGCUGAACUUUUAAUGUGUGAUGAGGCGGCUCUUGAAGAUUCCUUCUGUAAGCGUGUAAUUGUAACUCGUGAUGAGAGCAUCAAAAAGUCGCUUGAUCCAAUUGCUGCAGUUGUCAAUAGAGAUGCUUUGGCGAAAAUAGUUUAUUCAAGAUUAUUUGACUGGCUUGUAAGCAAGAUCAAUAAUUCUAUUGGUCAAGAUCCAGAGUCAAAAUCCUUGAUCGGAGUUCUGGACAUCUAUGGAUUUGAAAGUUUCAAGACAAACAGUUUUGAGCAAUUCUGUAUCAAUCUGACUAACGAGAAACUUCAGCAACAUUUUAAUCAGCACGUUUUCAAGAUGGAGCAAGAAGAAUAUACUAAAGAGCAAAUCGAUUGGAGUUACAUAGAGUUUGUGGACAAUCAAGAUAUUCUAGAUCUUAUUGAGAAGAAACCUGGAGGAAUCCUUGCUCUUUUGGAUGAGGCUUGCAUGUUUCCAAGAUCUACACAUGAAACCUUUGCUGAAAAGCUUUUCCAGACGUUCAAAGAUCAUAAACGCUUUAGCAAGCCAAAGCUUUCCAAUUCAGCAUUUACCAUUGAUCAUUAUGCUGGUGAGGUCACGUAUCAAACCGAGUUUUUCUUGGAUAAGAACAAGGACUAUGUUAUUGCAGAACAGCAAGCACUCUUGAGUGCUUCAAAAUGCUCCUUUGUCUCAGGCUUAUUUCCACCUGCAGCAGAAGAGUCAUCUAAAACGUCAAAGUUCUCAUCGAUAGGUACUCGGUUCAAGCAACAAUUACAAGCAUUGCUUGAGACUCUCAGUCACACAGAGCCACAUUACAUGCGUUGUGUCAAACCGAACAAUCUUUUAAAGCCUGGUAUCUUUGAGAAUCAGAAUAUACUGCAACAACUGCGGUGUGGUGGAGUGAUGGAGGCAAUUAGGAUCAGUUGUGCCGGUUUUCCUACACGUAAACCUUUUAAAGAGUUUAUUGGCCGCUUCAAAAUCUUUGCACCUGACGAUGUAAAAAAAAGCACUGAUGAUGUCAAGACUUCCAAGCUGCUUCUGGAGAAGGCAAAGAUUAAAGGUUAUCAGAUUGGUAAAACAAAAAUAUUUCUCAGAGCUGGUCAGAUGGCAGAACUAGAUGCUCGGAGAAGUGAGGUUUUAGGAAGAUCUGCUAGCAUUGUCCAGAGAAAAUUUCUCUCCCAUUCAGAAUGCAAGAAGUUUAACAUGUUGCGAUCUUCGUCAAUACAGCUACAAGCUGUGUGUAGAGGACAUAUUGGACGUCAUCGAUUUGAGUGCCGAAAGAGAGAUGUUGCUUCUCUGAGACUCCAGAAAGAUGGACGCAUGUUUCUCAAGAGGAAAUCUUACAAACUUUUAUACUCUUCGGCUAUUAAAAUUCAAAGUGGAAUGCGUGGAUUAGCUGCGCGUAAUACAUUUCGCUUCAAAAAGCAAGAGGCAGCAGCAGUGAUUAUGCAGAGACAAUGCCGACAAUAUCUGGCCCGCCUCCGUUAUUGUAGGUUGAGGAAAGCAGCAAUAGCUACUCAGUCUUUCUGGAGAGCAAGACUGGCACGCAGAGAACUAAGGAAGCUUAGACAGGCAGCAAGGGACACUGGUGCUCUACAAGAAGCCAAAUCUAAACUGGAAAAGGAAGUUGAAGAACUGACCUGGCGAUUGCAGCUGGAGAAGCGCAUUAGAGCUGAUGUGGAGGAGGCUAAAAAUCAGGAAAGUGCGAAAUUGCAGUCUGUUCUGCAAGAGAUGCAAGCUCAAUCCCAACAUGCUAAAGAACUGCUUUUGAAGGAACAAGAGGCUGCAAAGAAAGAAAUUGAGCAACUUCGUGCAGGUGAAGAGGCUUCAAACAAGGAGAUAGUCGAAAAGUUUACUGCUGAAAAUGAGAAACUCAAGAACAUGGUUAGUUCACUGGAACAGAAAAUUGAUGAAACAGAAAAAAAAUAUGAAGAGAGCAACAAGGUGAGUGAAGAGAGGUUGAAGCAGGCCACAGAAGCAGAAUCAAAGAUAGUUGAAAUGAGAAACACAAUGCAAAGUCUUCAAGAAAAGAUCACUGACCUGGAGGGUGAGAACCAGCUUCUGCGACAGCAAAUCAUGCUAUCAUCAGCUUCCAAAAGGAUGUCAGGACGUUUCUCAUUCUCAUCUAAGGGUCCAGAGAAUGGCCACCAUGACCCACAGACACCUAUGAAGAGAUUUGAUAGCUCAUUGAGGCAAUCGGCUAUUGAGAAGCACCGUGAGAACGUUGAUACUCUUAUCAAAGCAGCUACAGAAGAUCUUGGGUUCAGUAAUGGAAAACCAGUUGUUACAUAUAUCAUAUACAAAAGUCUUGUGCACUGGAAAGUUUUUGAAGCAGAAAGAACCAGUGUAUUUGAUCGUCUUAUCCAGGUGUUUGGUUCUGCAAUACAGAAAGAGGAAGACAACCAGCAUAUGUCUUAUUGGCUCUCUGCCACAUCGACAUUGCUGUUUUUGCUUCAAAAGAGUAUAGGUUCCGGUGGAGGUGCUCAAAAACCCCCCCAACCAACAUCAAUAUUUGGAAGGAUGGCACAAAGCUUUCGCAAAUCUCCAUCGUAUAGCAAUCUUGAAAUAGUGCGCCAAGUCGAUGCCAAGUACCCAGCUUUGCUUUUCAAGCAGCAACUAACUGCUUAUGUUGAAAAAAUAUUUGGAAUCGUUCGUGACAAUUUGAAGAAGGAACUGUCAACAUGUAUCUCUUCUUGUAUCCAGGUACCUUUGUGCUCAAGAACGUCAAAAGCUACCACUCCUCCAUCUAUCUACUGGCAAAACGCCGUUGGAUGCCUAAAUGGCAUGCUCCAUACUUUGGAAGAAUACCAUGUGCCAAUAGUUCUUGCUCAGAAGAUCUUCGCUCAAGCUUUCUCUUCCAUCAAUGUACAGCUAUUCAACAGCCUUCUUCUACGUCGAGAAUGCUGCACAUUUAGCCACGGGGAAUAUGUGAAAGCAGGGUUAGCUGAGUUAGAGAUUUGGUGUCAUAAUGCCACAGAAGAGUAUGCAGACUCAGCAUGGGAUGAACUUAAGCAUGUAAGGCAGGCAGUUGGAUUCCUGGUCAUACACCAGAAGUCUAGAAUUUCUUAUGAUGACCUCACAAAGGAUCUAUGCUCUGUUCUAAGUGUUCAACAACUUUACAGAAUUUGCACACUCUACUUUGAUGACAAUUACAAUACUCCAAGUGUGGCCCCAGAAGUUAUUACUAAAUUGAAAGCUAGUACAGAAGGCUUGGAGGAUUCUGAAAAUAACUCUUUUUUGCUAGAAGAUGAUCCCUGCGUUCCCUUUUCAGUUGAUGAACUUUGCAGCUCCCUGAAUGAGAAGGAGUUUGCAGAAAUAAAACCUACUUGUUCCCUUGUGGAAAAUCCAGAGUUCCGAUUUCUAGUGGAGUAA